CGUCGAGGUCCGGGGCGCCUCAACUCUAUAGCUCUAACUGGCUAGAAGUGCCCAACGUGGAAGGUUUCUUUUUUUUUUUUAAAGGCGGCUCUUGAAGCGACCCGGAAGCGGAAGUGGAAGAAAGUUCUAGUGGCUUGAGAUUAAGCGUGAUCAAGAUGACAACCUCCCAAAAACACCGAGACUUCGUGGCAGAGCCCAUGGGGGAGAAGCCAGUGGGGAGCCUGGCUGGGAUUGGUGAAGUCCUGGGCAAGAAGCUGGAGGAAAGGGGCUUUGACAAGGCCUAUGUUGUCCUUGGCCAGUUUCUGGUGCUAAAGAAAGAUGAAGACCUCUUCCGGGAAUGGCUGAAGGACACUUGUGGCGCCAACGCCAAGCAGUCCCGGGACUGCUUCGGAUGCCUUCGAGAGUGGUGCGACGCCUUUUUGUGAUGCUCUGUGGGAAGCUCUCAAUCCCCAGCCCUCAUCCAGAGUUUGCAGCCGAGUAGGGACUCCUCCCCUGUCCUCUACGAAGGAAAAGAUUGCUAUUGUCGUACUCACCUCCGACGUACUCCGGGGUCUUUUGGGAGUUUUCUCCCUUAACCAUUUCAACUUUUUUGGAUUCUCGCUCUUGCAUGCCUCCCCCGUCCUUUAUCCCUUGCCAGUUCCCUGGUGACAGUUACCAGAUUUCCUGAAUGGAUUCCGGGCCCCGUCCCUCACCCCCACCCUCACUUUCAAUCCGUUUGAUACCAUUUGGCUCCUUUUUUGGCAGAACAGUCACUGUCCUUGUAAAGUUUUUUAGAUCAAUAAAGUCAGUGGCUUUCA